AUAAAAACUGAUGGAAGUAGAUUGCGACUGAAACUCGACUAGUGCUAACAGUGGAGAUAUCGAGUGAAUUAUUCAUAAGAUAGCCACAUUUCUAAUUCUCUCUCUCUCUCAUAUCGAACUCAUCACAAUCGGAGACUACGUCGUUGUUGAUCAGGCCAAAAUGAUUAUUCCAGCUUAUCUGUGUAACAAAUUAUACUCCAUGACGAGCAGAAUUCUGUCAGUAUUACUACUAAUACUUCUGCUAGUGUUUAUGCUAUCCUCCUACUAUCUUCACUUCCAAAUACCGUAUUUCAAAAAUACACUACCUGUUAAUGUGAAAACGUCUCUAGCAUGCACAAAUGACAGUUUCGGUGAAAUCGUGAGGUCAGAAAAGUCGUGGAUGUCGUUUGUGGAUUCAUUAAAUAUUGCAAAGGUGAACUAUCACACCUUGUCGAAGGGAUUUCAACCGUCUGUUGGAAUGUUCCCCUUCUCAUUGAUCUCGAUACCACUCAUGCACACAAAUGUGAACUUGUAUGAUUUUCGAAUUAGUUUCAGUGUGGUGAAAUCAGGCAUGAAUAGUGGAGUUAGAGGAUUGAAUCUACUAUAUAAACAAACGAAUGAUGAAUUGGCUGGAAGAAACGUCAGUAGACCUACAGUCUCUAGACAUUAUCCAAUGCGUUUCAAUAUGACGAAAUAUAUGGAUGGAAUUUCAGUCGGUUUUCCUGAGGAUGAGAUACCGAUAAACAACGAUGCUCUUCUGGCAGUGCAAUCACCCGACAACACCUGUAAUCCCUCACACAGUGGAGAAACAUUUGAUUUGGUUGUCCUCGUCAAGUCAUGCGUGUACUGCACUGAACAACGAUCAUAUGCUCGUAAAACCUAUAUGAAAUCUGAUCACUGGAAUAACUUCAAAGUGAAAUUUGUCUUCGUUGUUGGACUGCCAACACCCACACCAAUAAAUAUUCACUACUUCAAUGGAGUGACUGUUGUGUUGAAUGGAAGGUCUGAACAGCUAUCUAAGAAACAAGAGUCAUCUGGUUGGUCUGCGUUGAGGGAGUUGAAACAGGAGAGUGACUCUCAUGGAGAUGUGUUGGUUGGUGGAUUCUACGACAACUACUUCAACUUAACCAAGAAGAUGAUGUUGACAUUUCGUUGGGCGUCGACGACGUUUCACAACCGAACACCUUUGUUUCUGUUUCUUGACGAUGACUAUGUACUUCAUCCUGGAAACACAAUCAAGCUGGUGAGAUCACUGAAUAGAUCUGAGGUGAAGUGGUUUGCUGGUGGUCGGGUCCAUCCGACAUCUGUGGUGGUGCAUCCAGCUGGUGGAGUCUCUAAUUCUCGUUGGAGUAUUUCACGUGAGGAAUAUCCAUGGGAUUAUUUUCCCCCAUAUUUCUUUGGUGUAUGUUACAUACUGGGAGCAGAAUUGGUGGAGCAAGCAUCUAUUGUGAUGUCAUUCACACAGGAGAUUCGAAUAGAUGAUGCGUAUUUGGGCAUAGUGCUGGCGAGAUUAAACAAAAGUCUUACGAAUCUGAAGCAAUUCAGUGUGUCCACUGGUAAUGUUGACCACAUGUUGGUUAACAUCGAACGAUCAAUGGCCAAUCGCCUCUUUACCUCUGACUAACAACUCACUAACAAAUGAUGCAUACAGACUUACUACACCAUGUAAUACUCUUAUGGAGAAACGUAUAUCUACUGUGUGCUCAGAUGGAACCUGUUGACAGUAAUAGAAUUAUCUGUACAAUUGAAAUCUAUUUUUGUGUAAUAAAAACUUUUU